ACAUGUUCUCUGUCAGUUCAGACAGACAGUCGCUGUUAUGGAAAGUAAACACUGAUCUCCUCCCCUCUGACUGCAGCUGUCGUUAUUCAUGUUGUACCCAAACAGCAGGAAGCAUAAAGCACCAGUAGCUCCACUUUGCUCUGGCCGGAGCUGUGGAAUGAUCAGUUCCGCAGGGUUUUCCUGUCCAGCGCUGUUUGUCGUAAAGUUACUGGUUUUUGCGACAGUUCCGGUCGUUAUGUUUGCCGAUCGUUUUUUUUUUUUGCCGAUUUGCUUUACGACAUCUUUGACAAACCAGAAGUGUCAGCCUAUGGCAAAGUUGUUUCUGGAGAGAAUUGUUUUAAUUAUUUAUUCGUUUUUUUCUAGUUGAAGUCAAACGGAGAUCUUGAUGUCUCACUUCUGAGGAUACGAGAGAAGCUUACAAUGCGAGAAGCGUCCGCACAUUUUGUGCAGCUUUUGUCCACAGUGCUAGCUAACGAGCUCAUUUAGCCUGAAUCCUGUUUGUCAGCUUUCGUUCCUGGAGAAAGUACGAGCGAAAUUCCAUGUGAGACAUCCUCGCGUGUUCACCCCGAGCCCUCUGGGUGCUGUCCUUAGCAGACUCACAGCCGGGUUUUGAUCGUAAAAUGUGGCUACAGCAACGACUGAAGGGGCUACCAGGCUUGUUAUCGAGCAGCUGGGCGAGAAGACUCCUUAUAGGACUGUUGCUCUUCCUCAUUUUCUAUUGGUACCUGGGAGCCGAGCGAAGAUGGAGGUUGUUCGGUGGCUCGGCCAUGCCCGGAGGGGCGGCCGGCCAGUGUCUCUUGACUGAGAUCUACAGGUGGAGGUCUCUGGUAGACCGAGGAGAAGGCAUAUACAGCACACCUCAGGAACGGCUAGACACGCCUUUUGUCACUGGAAACGGCCAUAUUCUGAUUGAUAUUGAGUCUAACAAACUUUGGGUAGCCUCAUCCUCACAGCCCGGCUCGGCUCCAGUACACCAGACUGAGUACUCUCCCAGAGUCACCGUCAGCCUGGAUGGGGCGCUGGCCGAGGCUGAGGCUAACAUGCUGUGGUUCCGGAAGGGAUCGGUCCUGUCAGUCCGCUGCGCCUCACCAGCCACCCUGCAGUCAGCCCGAGACUGUGUCACUAUUAGAGAGGAGUUUAUUGCUCACAGAAGCAGACCUAACGUAUUUCUGCAGCGAAUCCAUAUCAACAAUCCCUCCGAUAGGGCGCUAAACCUGGACUUAUCGUCUGGAAAUCCCUCUUUCGGUAGCAAGUUCUCCACCAGUGUGGAGAAACUGGAGGACAGAGAGGUAGUCCUCUCCUCUGGCAGGGUGCCGGUGGAAAAAAAUAGGAUGGUUCUGGUCGUGGUGGUCACCAAAAAGCUAAGCAGCAGGAUCCAUGUUUUGGCUAAGUCAGAGCAUGUAGACAACAUUGUGAGUGUGGUGUGGACCUCAGAGUCCAUCGAGUCCUCAAUGCUGGAGGAGACCUUCAGCGCCCUCAAAGACGGAGCCAAAAAGGAGCUGGAAGAGUUGCUGAGGACCAGUGAGGAUGACCUGGUCAAACACCACCAGGAAGCCUGGAGGGAGCUCUUCAUUUCAGGUAUUGAAAUGAGGAAGAUCAUAGACUCCCACACGCCAUCGAGCCGCACUGUGAACACCACCCUCUACUACAUCUUGUCCUCCUCCGCGGCUCCGCUUCUGGACCAAAGGUUAAAUGGCGAGGAGCGUGCCAGUCUCGAAUCCAGUCUCAACUACGCUGACCACUGCUUCAGCGGCCACGCUACCAUGCAUGCAGAAAACCUGUGGCCUGAGAGAGUAAGCAGCACUGCUCAGAUCCUGCAGCUGGUCACGCUGUGGACUCUGACUUUGCACAAAAGAGGCUGCAAGGUGUUGGUAGCUGCUGGGGCCCAUGGAGUCAUGCAGGGCAUGGUGCUCAGCUUUGGUGGCCUUCAGUUCACAGAGAACCAUCUUCAGUUCCAGACCGACCCAGACGUGCUGCACAACAGCUACGCAUUGAGAGGCAUUCACUACAACCAGGACCUCAUCAACUUGGCGGUGCUGUUGGAUGUGGACGGAAAGCCUUUUCUCCACGUGUCGGUAAAGCCGCAGGAAAAGCCGGUGAAGCUGUAUGCCUGUGAGGCCGGCUGCCUCAACGAGCCCGUGGAGCUUACCUCAGAGAUCAAAGGCCACACCUUCCCCGUCAUGGUGACGCAGCCCAUCACGCCGCUGCUCUACAUCUCCACAGACUUGCGCCAUCUGCAGGACCUCCGCCACACUCUGCACCUCAAGGCCAUCCUCGCUCACGAGGAACACAUGGCCAACAGGUACCCAGGCCUGCCCUUCCUCUUCUGGUUCAGCGUGGCCUCGCUCAUAACUCUCUUCCACCUUUUCCUGUUCAAGCUCAUAUACAACGAGUACUGUGGGCCCGGAGCUAAGCCUCUCUUCAGGAGCAAGGUAUAAACAGCAGAGAUGAAGCAGAACUGAACCCUGAUGUUCUCUGCUCGAGUGUGUGUGUGUGUGUGUGUCGCUGGCUCAGUGCUCUCUCUGUGGGAUGGGUUCUCAGUUUUGACUUUAACCUUUUCUGUCAAUGAACUGUUUUCUAAACUCACAUGGAUCGUUUUGGCAUAAUGGCAUUACACACCUCUCCUUUCCAGCUCUUUCUACAGUUUUUGUUUCGUGUUGAAUGACUUGAUAAAGAUUUUCACUGCACACGUUUACUCUAAGAGACUGAAGGCAAAGUCAGAUCUCAGUUAAAAGCAGAGUAGCAGUAAAUCAUUUAGUCUGCAGUGUCCUCUUAGCACAUCUGUUUGCACUUCAUGUUCGUUGUGGAAUGUAAAACAUUGUUGAUUACAAUGGUGAAAUUUUGAGCACAAGGGGCUACUGUUAUUUUUCUCCUGCUUGCUUACCCAUCAGUCCAGGCUGGUGUCUUAAUUGCCUACAAUAAUGAGUUUUAUGGUCGCUGUCAGGUUAAACAGUAACAAAAAGUCGGGAAAUGAAAAAGAAUAGGAAAAAUGAAUAAAUGUACAAACAGAUAUCUGUGCUGUGAUUAUGCUGAUGCAACCUGGAUUUAGUAAAAUUGGUUUAAUGUUUGAAAUUGAAACCAUGUGAUCUCAGUUUUCUCAAUUCUUUCUCAACUUUUCAACACGUCAAAAAUUCGGAGCUCCUUUUCCAAAUAAUCCCUUUUUUUAAAAAUAGGCUUAACAUGCCAUGUUUAUUACCCACAUAGUGAUGAACGAUCUCUGAAUGAAAUGAAAAUGAUGGUUUCAUUGUUCUAUGACACUGAACAGUCCUCUUGGAGAGUUGUCCAUUAGACAGGACAUCAUGUGUUUUAAAUGUGGAGCAGCAAUAAUCGAACAGCCUCCCACAUGAACUCGCAUUUAAAAGGCACCUUGACUGAAUGUGUGCACAGCCUGUUAUACUAACAUUAAGACCUGAUAUAAUAAUAACAAGCCGCCAUUGUUAUUUAAGUUGCAUUGCAGUCUGGGUAAUUGAACAGAUGGUUCAAACUGAGCUGGAAAACAUAUCUGACAUUAAAGCAAGGCGAGAGCGUCAGUGCAGCCACUGCUGCCCUGCUGAGAGGAAGAGUGGUCAUCAUUUUAUGAUCACCUUAUACUUUAUACACCAGCUGAUUGAACUUGGCUAAACCUCUGGAGUUAUUGCUGCCUCUGUGGUCAGGGUCGUGAUGAGUACCGGUUUGCUUUCAGGAACAGGAACUGCGGCUGUGAUUGGUUUACCACCCAGCAGGAAAGCAUUUCUUAUUUUUCAUGUUUCUCAGACUAUUCAAGGGUGUUUGGACUCUAUCUGCCAUUUGUCAGCUCUUUUAGGUGAUUAGUACCAAGAACACCACAGUAAGUGUUGUGGGUAUUGUCUUCUUCCACAAUCCUUUCUAAUAAGAAAGAGACCAGUGUCACUUCCCCUGAUUCCUUUCAGCUGGAAAUCAAAGCCAAAAGUAGCACACUGUGCCAUGUUUUAUACUUUGUGUAACCUGUUAGAGUGGCAGUUGAUAAAGACUGCUCUGAAGUGCCAUCAGUUUACAUCAUUUACCCAGAGUGCAUUGCUCAUGUAAAGUAAUUAUAGGGUAUAUGUGUCAAACAUUGAGGAUUUUUAAACCAGUGACAGGUACUCCACAGGUUAGUGCUUUCAUUUUGAAAAGCAGUUUUAUGCUCCCAGUAUAAUGUUUGACUGAAACAAGUUCAUGAGUUCAUUUUGGACUAAACCAUCGGCCCAGAAACGCUCUGUUCAUUAACAAUACACAACAAAUAACAGGCAGUCGCAGAAAACAUGAGCCAACGUUAGCGCCGCUCCGACAAUGAAAGGAAAUUUAUGUUAAACUGUGAAAUCUGCAAAUCUGUAUCAUAUCGAUCUGGAAUAUGUAGAUUCUCUCAUUUUUAUCUACUCUGUUAUUUAUUGGUUUGGAGGCAAAUGAAAGGCUAACGUGUUAGCUCUGCAGUCAGGUGUUAUCGGUAUAUUUCAGGGGAGCUUUCUUUCCUGUCUGAUGGUGUCUGCUCAUUUCUUUCUUUCUUCACGUUUUCAGCACAACAAACAAACACACAUCAAUUUGGAAGCAUAAAAUACCAAAAUUGGACAUUUGGACUUUUGGACAUUUGCAAGAGAGGCAGGUUAAACGUUUCUCUGAUCAGCAUGAACCGUGUGCUUUCUUUGCCAGGUCUCUUUCUGCUGUUCCUUUUUCCCUGCGUUUUAAUGAUGUUUUAUAUCAAAUCACUUAAUUAAAUGAUAAGAAAUAUGUGGAUUUGUCUCUGACUCUGUUUUCCCUGCUGCUCUGUGAGAUGUUCCUAUGCUUUGGUCGGGGUCCUGUCACUCUCAGCAUGUCUGUUUUUUUUCUCCUGGGUGGAGUUGUUGGGUUGGGGUAGCCAGUUUCCUCAGCUGUUUUAACCUUCCCCUCUGACUUCACCAGGUGACCAGCAAACAUGAGGAUAACUGCCAUGACUCCUUGGACACUGAUUGAAUGCUGCAGCAGUGUGAUGCACACACAUGUGGUUCUGCUUGAGCUGGGGGGGGGGUAUUAAAAUGGAUGUGCUGACCUGUAUGUCACAGCCAUCAUCUGCUGCAGAGCGCUCCUGUAAAACUAACUGGUUAAAAUGGAAUUUAGUUUAUUUUUUGAAAUGGGACUGUUCAACCAGGUAACCCAGAAAAUGGAGCUCAUAAACUCAAAGCAUGAUCCAAAUCUAUCCAAAAACUAGGUGAAAGCAAAAGUUUCGUACUAAUCGUCAGUGUUGGUUAAAGUGACUGUGACUAACAACAAGGAAACUCAAAUGAAGAAGUGUGUGUAUAUAUAUAUAUGUGUACAUUAUAUAUAUAUUUUAUUCAUCAGAAAAGCUGUUAGGUAUCAUGUGCAAUGUACGUGUUUCUAAUAAUUUAAUAAUAACACUUUCAUUAUAAUAAUUUCUAAGGGAAGCAUGUAGAAUAUGGAAAGUACUGGUCCCAACACACAAUCCUGCAGAACUCGUGCAUGAGGAAAAAUCGUCAUUCACAUAAAUGAUGUAUCAGACAGAUGAGAUUAGACCAGCACAACUAUUUUAAUGCCAACAGUUUAUUCUAGUGUCUGCACAGAGCUCAGUGUCAGAGGCCAUGACAACAUCAUUAGUAACUUGUAGCUCUGCUGUUUUCCAUCUUUACUGAAGCACUUCAAAAACAUUAAUUUGCAACUGACAAUUUAUAACAACUUUAAUAAAAUAAAUAAAUCGAAGGUUAGAAUUGAUUUUAGAUUUUGCAAAAAUACUUGUAUCAACUAAAGGGUUUUAAAAACAAAGCAAACUCAGUUUAUGUAUGUACACAUUUCUACUACUUUUAACAAGUUGCAAAAAAUGUUCUGUAUUUUUCAACUGAGGUUCUUACGUGAGUGUACGUUCAUGAACACGUAGCCGAGAGGAUGUGAAGCUUUUAGUUUCUGCUGUGUGUGCCUUAUAAUGAAGAAAGAAGCUAGGGUGAUUUCUGAUCGUGUAAAUUUAAAGCAAAUGAGUUUUUGUCUUACACUGGGGAGAAUAAAUCACGAAUUAU